AUGGCUGCUGGAGUAAUCUAUGUUGUGGGUGGGUUAUGCGAGGAAAGUGUCGAGUGCGUGGAUCCUGAAGGUGCUAAUCCUGUAUGGCACUACGUUGCUCCCUUGAACCAGGAAAGGUGUGUUACCGGCUGUUCAGUUGCUGUGGUCGCCAGGUUCAUUUAUGCGGUAUGUGUCCGUGAUGGCAACAAUGUCAUUGAGAGGUACUGCGUUUUUUGA